GUUUUCCGCGAUACGGAGUUCUCGCGAAAUUUCGUGAUUACAAAUUCAAAAUUUAACCGAGGAAUCGACAGGUACCGACGUCAAAAUGAAAAGUGGCAUUUUCCUUGGAUUAGCGAUAUUCUUUGUUGCUCAGAAUUAUCAAAAUGCCGAGGCUAAAAUGACAAUUCCGCAAGUAACAAACAUGUUGGUACCGAUGAGGAAGACGUGUACGCAAAAAAUAGGGGUUGCUCCAGAAUUGAUCGAUGCCCCCAAGACUGGCCCAAUGCCCGACGAUCCGACAUUGAAAUGUUACUAUGCUUGCCUUCUAAAGAUGAUAAAAGUCGUGACGAAAGAGGGUCUUCCCAAUUAUGAAAGCAUGUUGAAACAAAUGGACAUUAUGCUACCAGCGGAUGAUACAACAGCACGAUUGAAAGAAGUCAUAAAUAUAUGUGCACCUCAAGUAACGAGUACUGAAGCCUGCGAUGGAACCUGGCAGUUUAUUAAAUGUUUCUACGAGACGGAUAAAAAUGUCUGCUUUUUCCCAUAGAGAACCCAAAGUUCACUGGAAACUUUUUCGUAAUCGAUCCGUGCACCAACCGGGCGUAACAUCAACGUGAAUAUAAAAUGUACCAACUAGGAUGGAAAAUAAAAAGAAAUCAUUUUUCAAAUGUCCAUAGA